AUGAAUACAAGUCUUGAUGAUAUUAGUUGUCAGAUUAUUGCAGAAACAGUACCAAUGUUCGUUCAUUUUGGUAUUUGUUUUCGAAGAGACAGUGGAAUGCCGCCACGUGAUUCUGUUGAUCAUUGUAUUGAGUUUGACCCUGCUCUCAUCGAUGUUGCUAAUGAUUUUACUAGUCCUAUUAUUGACGACGGAGAUGAUGAAGAAGAUGAUGAAAAUAAUAAAGAUGAAGAUGAUGAUUUGGCAUUCAUGGAAUCGAUGUUUGAUGUUUACCGGGCAUCUAUCAAAGAACUACAUCGUCGUAUUUUAUGUUUACCAUUUCAUAUGAAACCUCUAAUUGUUAUUGAAGAGGGAGGUUGUGGACUAACUGUUUGGUUAUGA